GACUCAGAAGCCAGCCGAUAGUCGGGCGAGUCAGGCCCUUUAAAUGGAUCGCGCGAGAUCGCUGUUUACCGCAUAUUAUAUUUUUAUCAAGUAUACUUGCACUGUGUUGAACCCGACAAAUAUUCUACGAUAAGGCACUACUAGUUCAAGGAUUUUUCAACAAAGAGGACACCAAAAAUCGAGCUCUCCUCGCGGUUCAGUGAAUCCAACAGGAAAAGUGCGGAUCUGCAAAUUUUCAAGUGAAAAAUCGGCCUUCGGAUGGGAAAAGCGAAACGAGUGGAAAGAGUUUGAGCGCGUUUAUAAAUAAUGCGCAUCGCUUGAGGAACACAUGCGCGACACAGCGUGUGGAAGCAUUAUUAUAUCGUGCGAUCAAGGCAUAAGCAAGCGAAAGAGCGAGCGGUGGUGGCAGCGGCGACGACGCUGCGGUUCACGGGGUCAAGAUGCCGCGCGGAAGCCGGCGUUCAGUCGACGAUCGAGGCCUAGUCGAGCGCGGCAAGGGUAUCGUGUGCGCUGCUCUGAGGUAUAUCGGAUACGAAAGCUGGUCGACCAAAAAGAAAACCUGCAUCGUUUUCACAAUGUCCUUCACGACACUUUUGCUUCUCACCACGGUCGCCGUGGUCUUGGGCAGCGACACUUACUUCGACACCAGUGGAAGGAAUUUGUAUCAAUUGAAUGUACUUUCGGAAUACGAAUUGGAACGUUAUGCGUUUCCGCCAGUUCUACCGACGUCCGAGUCUGAAGUUGAUAAACUAGUCGAUCCUGGGAAAGAGACGAUAUUGUACAGGAUCUCAUCAGGACCAAAAUCACCGAAGAGGCCAGGAAAAAAACCAGUAUUUAUCGAGAAUGGUAUUCUCUGUGAUAACGAUCCUUGCGAAGUGAACAAACCGAAAAUUGCAGUCGCUUACAUUCUGGUAGACCGUGGCUACGACGUCUGGCUGGGUAUUGGCAACAGCAGCAUUGCCGACAGUCACCAAUCGAGCGAGGAAAAUGAAAGGAAGCGAUUGGAGCGCGUUGCCCAAUACAUACUGGCCUCCACUCAAGCGGAAGAACUCACGGUUAUGGGACACUUUAACGGCUCGGUGCAGUUUUUUGGGAUGACGGCGCCUCGUAUUAUCGCCGAGGAGAAGCCCCAGUCGAAAUUCUCGAGGUGGCUAGAGCACAUACCAGGAGUAAAGACCAUCAAGAACUUGUACAAAAAAGGAACAGGUUUUCUUACAAAAGGCUACAACGACGUUGUCGAGAAAUUCGACAGAAUCGGCCGUAAAAUCAACUAUAUCACCGACGACACGAACAUUCGCGAUUUGAAGAACACCGUGAUGAAAGCUUGGGGGUUUAUGCUGAACAUGGUUCUACCAACUUUGUCGAUAAAAAAUUUCUCCGACAUGAUGGACCAUCCUGACGUGUUCUUGGACACCGCUCAACUAGUGCGGAAAUACGGUUACCAGGCGGAAUCUCAUCUCGUCGAGACGGAGGACGGUUAUCUGUUGACGGUACACAGGAUACCGGGUAACAACUCGGCGUCUGUGUAUAGCGGCAAACCCGUUGUUCUACUUCAGCACGGGAUUCUAGGCAGCUCCGCCGAUUGGGUCAUGCUCGGGCCGAAUCAAUCGCUGGCCUACAUCCUGUCGAAUGCGGGUUACGACGUCUGGAUGGGCAACUCCCGAGGCAACACCUAUUCCAAGGCACACGUGAACAUGUCGUCCAGCGAUUCCAAGUUCUGGGAGUUCUCUUGGCACGAGAUGGGCAUCUAUGAUUUGCCCGCGACGAUAGACCAUAUCCUCAACGCUACCGGUCAGAAGAAACUGCACUACGUGGCCCAUUCGCAGGGAGGCACCGUCUUGUUAGUCAUAAUGUCUGAGAGACCCGAGUACAACGAGAAGAUCGGCAAAGUCGCACUAUUCGCGCCCGUUGCCGAUAUGACGCAUUCCAGGAGUCCCAUCAUGAGCGUAUUCACCAAGAUCUCAACUCCGUUAUACUACGUAAUCAGAUUUUUCGGCGUCAACGAUUUCCUGCCGACUAAUGCUCUACUCACAAAAAUCGGUAGAGAAGCGUGCGAGGCUCGCUCGCCUUAUCAGGUUGUCUGCAGCAAUGUGCUGUUCAUGAUUACUGGUUACGACGCUUCCCUACUAAACGUGACUACCAUACCAAUCAUACUCGGACACGCUCCGGCCGGCAGUUCGAUCAAGCAGUUCUUCCAUUACGCGCAGGGGCACAGUUCGAAGAAAUUCCGUCAGUUCGACUACGGAUCCGCCGAGAUCAACAAUAUAUUCUACAACCAAACCGAGCCGCCAGAGUACAAAUUAGACAAUGUUCGGGUCCCUGUGGCGGUCUACUAUGCGCACAAUGAUCUCCUGACAGAUUAUAAAGAUAUCCUGUCGCUAGCCAAACGACUGCCAAAUGUUCCUGUACUUUACGAGGUACCGGAUGAAAAGUUCAACCACAUCGGCUUCACCUUCGCGACCAAGGCUCCGAAAAUCAUUUACGAACCGCUGAUGAGCUACCUCAAGAACAGCACCAUAACGUAACAAGAGAACCAAGUCAAAUGUUGCUCUCAUUUGCAUUUUUAUUUACAUUCGAACUACUGCAUAUCUUACCUAGUCACACGUAUAUUUUAUAAUUUUGUGGUAUGAACAUAUUUAUAGGAACUAUUGUAUACGCGGCGCGAAAGCCGAUAUCUUGUCUGAUAGUUGUUUAAGCACGUCGAUUUUUUUUCUACAUAAGUUUGUUAUUUUGUGAAAGCAAAGUCAAUGUUUAAAUAAAUUUCAAAACCACGUAUA